GCUAAACUGAGGUUUAUCAAGUUAUCAAAAUUAAGAAACAAUGUACAUAUGGGUCCCAAAACUCUACUUUAGAAAGUGAUAGUGGUGACAAAGCAGAAUCCUAGUAAUGAUGAACUCCGCUGCCAUAAAAACAGGUCCUUAACUCUUUGUGCAUGAACCACUAAGAGAUGGAAAUCAAAAGACAGCUUAAGUUGGAGACAAGAAUGAGUGGCCUUUAAAUUGGGUCCUUUUGCUCAGCACUAAGAAUCUUUUACAUUGUUUUAAUUUUCCUUAAUAAAAAACACCUAGAAACAACGUCACAUUUUCUUGUUAAAUAUCUCACUGUUGCUCAUUAGUCCUCUCAGCAUCUUACCUUUGCGUCUUCAAUUCUCACUCAUGCCAUGAGAUUUUUCACCUCCCGUGUCUCCUGACUCGAGUGAUUUCCACCUAGUAAAUCUUUACAAGUGAGUGGUAACAUUCGUUGGUUGGUAUAGUGAAGAAACUUCUUUUCAUUUCAAGACAACUACUGAAUUUUCUUCUUCAGGCACUAGAAGUUAUGAUAUGAGAUGAGCCCAAGCGCCUCUAACUCUAUAUGCUCAGUUCAUCAGCUGGAGAACAUAGAUGAGAAUGCUCCUGCAGAUUGGCCUGCAUCAUCCUGUCCCCCUCCUGAUACUCCAACUGAAUCUAUGGAGUUCCUUGCGAGAUCAUGGAGUCUUUCAGCCAUGGAACUCUCCAAAGCACUGCACAGCACCAACGUUACAAUCUCCACCGGUAUAGAGAUGCCACUUUCGUGCCCUUCAGGCCACCAAUUUGAUACCAAGAGUUCCACUGCUUCCAAAGCUUUAUCUAACGGGUGUUUCCCUCCAUUUUUGCCAAAAGACAGUAAUGAAAAGAAGGAUUUACUUUUACUCCACCAAGCACUCAAUCCAGAAUUCCUUUCCAGUCAAAACUUGCUCAGAAAUGGGGUAUCUUGCAAUCAACCUCAUGAUUAUCUUCAUCAGAGCUUGCUAAGAGGUAGGACAAUGGGUAGGUGGUUGAAAGAUCAAAAGGAGAGGAAAAAGCAGGAAAUUAGAACCCAUAAUGCUCAUUUACACGCUGCAGUAUCUGUGGCUGGUGUUGCUGCUGCUAUUGCUGCAGUUGCAGCUUCAACAGCAUCACCUGAAAUGCCUUAUGCAAACCAAAAGAACCCUCCCCCAGCUUCUUCUGCAAUUGCAUCUGCAGCAGCUUUAGUAGCCUCACACUGCAUUGAGAUUGCAGAAGAUAUGGGAGCUGAGCAUGACCAAAUAUUAACAGUAGUCAACUCUGCCAUUAAUGCAAAAACCAAUGGAGAUAUUAUGACUUUAACAGCCGGAGCAGCCACAGCCUUGCGAGGAGCGGCUACUCUAAAGGCAAGGCUGCAGAAGGGGCCUGGAGCUACUUCAAUUCCUCUAGUUGAGGAAAAGUGUGAUGAAAGGAAAGAAGCAAACAUCUUGACAGCACUGGAUUAUGUCUUUAGAGGUGGAGAACUUCUCAAACGUACAAGAAAAGGAGCUCUUCACUGGAAGCAAGUGUCUUUCAAUAUAAAUUCAAAUUUGCAGGUUGUAGUCAAAAUGAAAAGCAAGCAUAUGGCAGGAACAUUCACGAAAAAGAAGAAAUAUAUAGUCACUGGAGUUUGCAAUGAUAUCCCAGCUUGGCCCGGAAGGGAGAAGGAAGACAUCAGUGAAAAGAGGGCAUAUUUUGGAAUAAAAACAACAGACAGGACAAUAGAAUUUGAAUGUGGAAGUAAAGGAGACAAACAGUUCUGGCUUGAGGGGAUCCAGUAUAUGUUGAAUUGCCGUGUCAAAGUAACAUUAUAAAAAAAAAUACGAUUGACAUUGAGAUUGCUGUAUAUAUGCCUUUUUUUUUUCUUUCCCUUUCCCUCACACAGUGAUUGGAGGGGUUACUUUAUUAAGGAGUAGAGUUGACAGUGCCACUGUAAGAUUUCACUGACAAAAUUGUUGAGACUACCAUUUCAGUGGAGAUGUAAAGGAUCUAGUCAUCUAGAACCAUGCCUAUUGUCACUCUAAUUCCUUCAGAAAAUCAACAUUAUCAACAAAUGCCUGCAAGAGGUAAUAAACAAGUCAAGUUAUAAAACAAA